UGUUCAAGUAUGAACUAUUGGAAAAGAAAAGGAGAAUCAUUCAGCUCCAGUCUUCAUCUUUUUAUUUAUUUAUUUUUAAAUAAAACCAUUUCUUGAUUUCCAACCCUACACACAAAUAUUGAAAAAUCACAGACAGAAAGAAAACUUAACUGCUAUAAUUAUGGUGCUGCUUUACUAUAUAAAAGUUAUUGGUAUAAUAGUAACGCUAUUGUCUCUUUAACUACAGACAGGAUCAGCAAUUAGAUCUGGACCACAAUUUUUUUUAUUGAUGCAAUCAAAAAGCAGAAUUGCCCAGACAGGAAGUGGUCAUGGAUUUUAGGAACAGGACAUACAUCUCCAUUCAACCCAACUGCACAGUGGACACCAGCUAUCGCUUCACAUACUACAAGGUCUCCUACAGCCUGAUCUUCAUAUUUGGCGUAGUCGGCAAUGCCCUUGCACUGCGACAUUUCUGCCACAUGCCUCGAACCAUCACCAGUUCUGCCAUCUACAUGGCCAACCUUGCUGCUGCGGAUAUCUUCUUUGUGAUCUCCCUCCCUCUGCGCAUCUAUUAUUACCAUAAAAAUGCCACCACCUCCAACCGCACAAGUGACUGGUCUCCAGGAAGUGCUUUCUGCCAAGUGACAUUCACCCUAAAGUAUGUUAGCCUAUAUGGAGGAAUCUUCUUCCUGGUGUGUAUCGGGGUGGACCGUUACUUUGCAGUGGUCCACCCUCUACUGCAAUACCCGAGGAGGGUCCGUACGGCCCGCAUGGUCAGUGCUGGGAUCUGGUGCCUGGUCCUAACCCUUAGCUUGUCUCUGCCCUUCCUGCGGUCAGCCGCAUCCCGACAACACCAGCCUUGCCUCCUGGAUCCUUCUUCCAGACAACACCGUACUAUAAUCCUAGCAGCGCUAUGCUUGGUCCAAAUUGCCUACCUGUUCCCUGCACUGCUGCUGCUGCUCAGCUACUGCAGUAUACUCCGUGUACUCUGCAGACUGCCGCGUCGCAGGAAAACCAGUCACCGACGCACACUUACAGUCAUCUACUGGGUCCUGGGCAUCUUCUUUCUCUGCUUUACGCCUUAUCACCUCAACCUACUGGGUUACACUCACACAGGUGGGGCUUGUGCAAUGCUGCGGCCUGACUCAAGUCACUAAAGCACUGCAUCCUGUAGUGCUCUCACUGGCAAGUGCCAAUUGCUGUCUCAACCCUCUCAUUUACUAUUUCUCCAGCAGC